CCCACCAGUCUCAGAGACGGAAUCAGUGACGGGCCAGAGCAUCCCCCGCCUCCACCAUGAAACUCGCUGUCACCCUCCCCCUGGUGACGCUGGCUCUCUGCUGCAGCUCCGCUUCCGCAGAGAUCUGCCCGACCUUUCUGCGUGUCAUUGAAUCCCUGUUCCUGGACACACCCUCCAGUUUUGAGGCUGCCAUGGGAUUUUUCAGCCCCGAUCAAGACAUGAGUGAGGCAGGGGCUCAGCUGAAGAAGCUGGUGGACACCCUCCCCGCAAAGGCCAGAGACAGCAUCAUUAAGCUCAUGGUAACCAGCGCCCUUCACUUCACACUGGUUAGAAGUGGCUUCUCCAAAUGGGGCUGUAGGGUUGCCCCAGUUUUCAGACCUGUUUCUAAUCCAGAGAGGAGAGUCACAGUGCCACUGUCCCCAGGCAGGCAGCACAGUGAUCUUUUUUGAAACAGAGUCUUGCU